AUGUCGAAAGCUAUCGUCAAAACAACCUUCGAGGCGUCCCGCACGCUCCGCCCCAUUUACACCGGCGGUAGCACGGCGCUGGAUGCCAGUGGCCGCAUCUUGCUGAGCUGCGUGGGCGAGGAUGCCCUGAUCGUUGACUUAGAGACUGGUAAUCAGCUGGCCAGUCUUGAAGGAGAUGGAGAAAUUGUCACUGGCUUGGCGAUUACACCGUCUGCCUCGCACGCUAUUGUCUGCUCGCGCUCGAUGUCUAUGCGCAUCUACUCUCUCACAACUUUCGACGAAUCUUCGCAAACCAUUGAAGCAAAGCUUCUUCGCACUCUCAAACCUCACACGGCGCCCGUUGUAACCAUCUCUGUGGAUCCCACCGGUACAUUACUUGCCACAGGUGGUGCCGAUGGUUCGAUCAAGGUUUGGGAUAUCAGAGGUGGCUUCGUCACUCAUACCUUCCACGGUCACGGUGGUGUUGUUUCAGCGCUAUGCUUUUUCGAAGUCCCCACUGCCGACGGCCAAGCCAAGGGGUCUAAGAGCACUCAAUCUAAGCGAAAGGCCGCAGGUGACGAAGAUGAAGAUAUGGAUGAAGGAUCCACCUCAACUGGCUCCAUUGCAGGAUUCCGCCUAGCCUCCGGUAGCGAGGAUGGCAAGCUACGUGUGUGGGAUCUUCACAAAAGGAAGUCCAUUGCGUCGCUCGAGUCACACGUGUCCCUCGUUCGAAGUCUGUCUUUCUCUCCAUCGGAGAAUGCACUGAUCUCGGCCAGCAGAGAUAAGACAGUAAUCGUUUGGGAUGCUCGCACCUGGAAGACCCGUCGGAUCAUUCCUGUUCUCGAGAGUGUGGAAGCCGCUGCCUUCAUCGCGGAUACCCCAUUGUGUGUGAUUGGUGGAGAGAAUGGCAAGUUGCGAGUUUGGGACUGUAACCGUGGAAGUGAGGUUACAGAAGAACAAGAAGCUGGAGAAGAGUUCGAGAGCGUUGUCGCCAUCCAAUAUUCGGCCGGUUUAUCUUUUGUCCUUACUGUGCACGCAGACCAAACUUUGCGCAUUCACUCGCUAGAGGCGCUGUCCGGGUAUAAGCCAGGGACCACCCUCGAGCCGCUCACGGUCACUCGCCGCAUUUCUGGUAACGACGAUGAAAUCAUUGAUCUGGCCUAUGUUGGCGCUGAUCGAUCCAUGAUUGCCUUGGCCACCAAUACCGAGAGUAUUCGUGUGGUCUCGUGUGCCCCGUCUGAAGAUCGACCCUCGGCCCAAGGAGAAGAAUACUUUGGUGCUGAUAUCACACAUCUUGAGGGCCAUGACGAUAUUAUCAUCUGCUUGGACGUUGACUGGUCAGGACAUUGGCUUGCAACUGGUGCCAAGGACAACACAGCCCGCCUUUGGCGUAUUGACCCCAAGAACUCCUCCUAUACCUGCUUUGCUAUCUUCACCGGUCACGCCGAAUCGUUGGGAGCAAUUGCACUUCCCCGUGUGCCCCCAGCUGUUGGCAGUGCCGCCUAUAAUGACCCUGUGAACCACCCCCCUUCAUUUUUGAUUACAGGUUCCCAAGACCGUACUAUCAAACGAUGGGACACAAGCAAGCUUGCUCCCCUGAAGGAAGAAAAGCCACACUCGCCCAAGGCAAUCUAUACUCGUAAAGCUCACGAGAAGGACAUCAACGCCAUUGAUGUCGAUUCUACCUCCGAACUGUUUGCUUCGGCAUCACAGGAUCGCACUGUGAAGAUUUGGGCUGCUGAUGAAGGCACAGCAGUGGGUGUUCUGCGUGGUCACAAGCGAGGUGUUUGGUCCGUGCGGUUCGCUCCCCAGGGCACUCCGAUCAUCAACUCAGACUCACGCACAAGCGCAAGCCGUGGCCUGGCAAUCACAGGAUCGGGUGACAAGACCGUCAAGCUUUGGAGCUUGUCCGACUACAGCUGUCUCCUGACUUUCGAGGGCCACACCAACAGUGUCCUCAAAGUCCUCUGGCUUCCCCCUCCUCAGGUUUCGAACAGAGAUGAUGAUGAUGAUGAGGACGAUGAGGCGGCUGCAGCACGUAAGAACGAAGCGAUUCAGGCCCGUCCCCUCGUUGCCUCUGCUGCUGCGGACGGUCUUGUCAAGAUCUGGUCUCCCUACACCGGCGAGCUCGAAACAACGUUAGACAACCACAUCGACCGAGUCUGGGCUCUGGCUAGCCCCACACCCUCCGGUUCACGCUCAGACGUGAAGCAAACCAACCCCAAUACCACUCCCUACGCCAUCGCUUCCGGCUCUGCCGAUGCGACAGUGACUUUCUGGACCGAUACCACAUCAGCCACCUAUACCGCCGCUGUCAACGCCAACUCUGCUCGUGUUGAGCAAGACCAAGAGCUGCAGAACUACAUCCGUGCCGGUGCCUAUCGCGAAGCCAUCACUCUGGCGCUUCAGCUCAACCACCCCGGUAGACUACUCUCGCUCUUCACGGCCGCCAUCAAUGCCGCAGAUGACCCCACCUCAUCGGCCGAAGACCGUGAACAGGCCGCAGCUAGUCUCUCCGGUAACCCGGCUAUCGACGAGGUACUGCAGAACUUGGACCCGGCCCAUCUGCGUACUCUUUUGCUCCGUCUCCGUGACUGGAACACCAACGCUCGCACAUCUCGCGUUUCGCAGCGUAUCCUGUAUGCUCUGUUCCGUUCUUACCCUGCUUCCACUUUCGUGGAGCUGGCGACUCAAUCCGUGCGCGGAAAGAAUGGUCGCGCUGCUGCGGGUCUGAAGGACAUCUUGCAGGCACUUGCUGCAUACACCGAGAGACACUACCGUCGUGUUGAAGAGCUGGUCGAUGACAGCUAUCUGGUGGAGUGGGUUCUUGGUGAGAUGGAUGGCGGUGUUGGGCUCGGUGGACUCCGUGAUCUGACCGUCGGGGAUGUUGAGGAAGAGCACGAGAAGGAUGUCAUCAUGUUGGAAGCAUAA